CACAGAGGAGGCGGGGGGGGGGAGGACUUAGAGCCCGGUGGAAAAAGAUUUGUUUGGCUGCUUUCAAAGCUAUUGAAUAACUUCGUAAAGUCACACGGCUCGACCCUGGUGCUUUUAAAGAAGUGGCCCUGGCCUGGAAGUAAAAACCAGGGCUCCGAUCUCAAAAAAUGCGCAACUUGUUGGACCAAGUCCGCUCGAGGAGUGUUUGUGCGUAAACACCGUGGCGCGUUCCUCGGGAGCGGCUCGUGCUCACGAGGUGACACCACCACCACCACCACAUCCUCAUCAUCAUCAUCCUCAUCCUCAUCAUCAUCACCUCCACCUCCACCUCAGCCGGGCCGAUGGCGAGCGGGAACCAGACGGUGGUGUACCUGUCCGAGCAGGUGGUCGUGCUGUGCUCGUGCGCGCUGUCCUUCGUGGGCUCGUCCCUGAUCAUCCUCACCUACGCGCUGUGGCCGGACCUGCGCACCACGCCGAGGCGGCUGCUCGUGUUCCUGUCCGUGUCCGACUGGCUCUCCGCCGUCUCGUACGCCUUCGGGGUGUGGAGGGUGUUCCACGGCGACUCGCCGGACUGCGUGGCGCAGGGCGCCAUCUCCACCUUCGCCAACACCAGCUCCUUCUUCUGGACCGUGGCCAUCGCCGUCUACCUGUACGUGUUCAUCGUCAGGUCCAGCCAGAGGGUCGCGGACAGCCUGGUGCUGGUGUUCCACCUGGUCAGCUGGGGCGUUCCUCUGAUCAUCACCGUUGCAGCCGUGUGCCUGAACAAGAUCGGCUACGAUGCGUCCGAGGUGUCGGUGGGCUGGUGCUGGGUCAGGAUCAACGCCCCCGACCGCGUCCUGUGGAUGCUGCUGACCGGGAAGAUCUGGGAGUUCCUGGCCUACCUCACCCUCCCUGUCCUCUACGUCCUGAUCAAGAGGCACAUCCACAUAGCGCAUGCUGCCCUGUCCGAGUAUCGUCCCAUCUUGGCCGGCAGGCCUCCGUCCCACUCCUUCUCCUCCAUGGCCGAUAGGAAGCUGACACUUAUUCCCAUCAUCUUCAUCGUCCUGCGCAUUUGGAGCACCGUGCGUUUCAUUCUGCUGCUCGUGGGCUCUCCAGCCAGACAGAGCCCAGUGCUGGUCACUCUACAUGGUAUUGGCAACACCUCGCAGGGAGCAGCCAACUGCAUCAUGUUCGUCCUGUUUACUCGUCCCAUCCGCACGCGCCUGUGCGCCGCGCUCUGCUGCUGCUCCAAGUGUCGAGCAGAGGGGCGGCACUCGCAUGACGCCUCUCACCGGCUGCUGCCUGGCCAGGACGCCACCACACAGAGAGAAGAAGAAGACGGCCGAGCCGGGACUCAAAGUUGACACAUUCGAGGAGACGGACAGAGGUUGACGUAAAGGGAGCGGAUGGGUGGCCUCGUGCUUCACACUCAACCUCAUUACAGCGAGUGCCCGCAAAGCGGGUUAUAGGGACUCUGCAGGUGUGCGCACGUGUGUCACAGGAAAAGUCACACGCCUGCUCUUUGGGGGAUGAGGAUGAUGCUGAUGUGAUGACUCUACGCCAGCGUUUUUACGAAGCAUUUAGAAUAUGACAUGCUCAUCCAGACAAAUUUUUUACUGUAGUUUUAAAGGCAUCCUGUACAUCAAACUUUAAGUUCUGUGUUUUUGUUUUAUGUUUGCAUUUUGGCAGUGUCACUUUACACGAUAAACAUACUGUAAAUUUGAUUCAACUUGUAUUGCCAUCGAUUUAAUUUUGGGUGCGUUGAUAUUGUCACUGAUAUUGCUGAAUGCACAGCUUCUGUGGGGGCGUCGGAGCUUUGGGGAGGGUGAUGGCACAACAUGAAAGCGGUGUAUGCAGAACAAUGAGUGUUUGAAAGGUACAGGUAUCUUAUGAAGUGUAGAGAAGACGAAAAAUAAUGCUGCUGUGUGUGAUUUGACAUGAAUGUUUCUAUGAAUUUUUUCGCAGUUGUUUUGAAAAUCUGUCACUAUUUGAAUCCAUUAUAACUGACAUCAACUCAAGCUAACCGCGGCUGCAGUUCUGUCAGUGAGGAAACACUUUAACUGUCAUCUAUCGUGCAAGAUAUUCAAAAUGCGUUGUUACAUUUUAAUGGAUUGUCUCUUUUGCAAUGUAACUUUAAUAUAUAUAAUGAUUUACCUGUAUACGACCUAUGUGAUUUUGGGUGUAUUCAAAAGGUUUGUGGACUAAAUCUGUGUGAAAGAAUCUGACCUUCUCUUUACAAUAUAAUAAAAGAAAUCAUGAUAAAGGGA